AUGUACAAAUGCUUAAGCACAGACCCUGAGUCUCAGGAAAUAUCUUUCACAAACAGCAGCACAAUAACAGAAUUCAUUUUGCUUGGACUGACGGAUCGUCCAGAACUCCAGCCAUUCCUCUUCAUGCUGUUUCUUGCUGUUUACUUUGUCACCAUCUUAGGCAAUCUGGGUAUGAUAGUGUUAAUCAGACUGGAUUCUCACCUUCAUACACCUAUGUACUUCUUCCUCACCAACUUGGCUUUUGUGGACUUGUGCUACACGUCUAAUGCAACCCCACAAAUGUUGACUAAUUUCUUAUCAGAAAAGAAGUCCAUUUCCUUUGUUGGCUGCUUUACACAGUGUUACAUUUUCAUUGCACUUCUCCUCACAGAGUUUUAUAUGUUGGCAGCAAUGGCCUAUGACCACUACAUGGCCAUAUGUGACCCUCUGUGCUACAGUGUGAAAAUGUCCUGGCUAGUCUGCAUUUGCCUGGCCACAUUUCCUUAUGUCUAUGGCUUCUCAGAUGGGCUUUUCCAAGCCAUCCUGACCUUCCGCUUGACCUUUUGUAGAUCCAAUGUCAUCAACCACUUCUACUGUGCUGACCCACCACUCAUUAAGCUUUCAUGCUCUGAUACUUACGUCAAAGAACACGCCAUGCUCAUAUCAGCUGGCUUCAACCUCUCCAACUCCCUUACCAUCAUCCUUGUGUCUUAUACCUUCAUUAUUGCAACCAUCCUCCGGAUCAAAUCAGCAGAGGGAAGAUGCAAAGCAUUCUCCACUUGUGGUUCCCACAUGAUGGCUGUGACUUUGUUUUAUGGGACUCUCUUCUGCAUGUAUGUAAGACCACCCACCAAUAAGACUGUUGAGGAAUCCAAAAUAAUGGCUGUCUUCUACACCUUUGUAAAUCCAGUGCUUAAUCCAUUGAUCUAUAGUCUGCGGAACAAAGGUGUAAAGCAGGCUUUAAAGAAUGUGCUCAGACAAAAUAUGGUCAGGACAAUGUCAGUGCCUCCACUUUCAUAA